AUGGCUCUACUACUCGUGCCGCAUCCACACUACCCCUCGACAGGGGAGGGUGAGAGGGAGAGAGAGAGAGACAGUAGGAAAUUAGGAGGAGGGCUAAACCGUGCAGAGGACAGCAACAAGCGCCUUGUAAUGAUCGAACAAUACCCGCUACGUGUAAGCAAAUGCUUUUUACCGCCUAUCGUCGUAUACUGCGUUUGCAAUGUUGCAAAAUGGGCCUCCAUUAUCGGAUUAAUCAUUGAAUGGCGAUGGAGGCAGACCAAUCGAUCAGUCCGGCGGGUGACGUCCGACGUCGCUUUUUUCUGUGCAGCGCUGAGCUGCCGCGCUGUGGGCGCCCCUAUGAGUCGAUGCAAUCGCGAAGAGACGACUCUCAUCGUCAUACAU